CUCCUCGGUUUUGCCAGUCACAGCUCGUUCCUUCCUGCUUGCUUUUGCACCCAUUCGCCAUGCCUCCCAAACCUGAUGUUCGCAGCUUGUUAAAUAAAUCACGCACAGAGAGGAAAUCAGCAAAGCAAGUGCAACACCCUUUAGCCAAGUAUGAUACCCAGGGACGCUUGACUUGCUUGAUUUGCGCCAUUCCUGUAAAGAAUGAGGUUGUUUGGCCAUCCCACCUUUCAAGUGCUUCCCAUAAACAGACUCUGGCUAAACUUCGGCAAAUGAAGGAAGCUCCUCAGACAACGCAGAGAGAAAAUAAAGUCCAGGCUAGAACUGCGUCCCAACGUGAUACGUUGGUUGGAUAUGGUUCCGAUGAUUCGAAUGACGAUAGCGAAGACGAAGCAGGUGCGCAACCUGCAAAACGACAACGGGUAGAGAAGGAGGAAGAAGAGUCAGACAGCGAUGAAGAUAUGGAGACGGACGAAAAACCGACGUCUGCUUUACCUGAAGGGUUUUUCGAUGCGCCUGUUGAAGAAGAACAACCUACCGCGGAAACCGACUCAAAGUUACCAGCUGGAUUCUUCGAUGAUCCGGAAGCGGACGCCAAAGCACGGAAUGCGCCAGCUCCAGCCGAACAACUGGAAGCUGAUCUAGAUCAUGAAUACGAACUCUUCAAAAACGCGGUGGCUGAAGAUGAGCAGGCAGCAGCUAUCAAUGAAGAAAUUGAUGAAGAAGAACUAUGGCGCGAUAGAGAUGAGGACCUGGAAAGGCAGCAAGAGGAAUUGGUGGCUCGCGUUAGUGAUCUCAAACGGAUCAGACUCGAAGGCAGUCGGGCUCCUCUACCCGUUGCCGCCCCUAAAACGACGCAAUUUGGCGAAGACGAUACCAGCAGCCGGGAGCUGAAGAGCAGUGUCCGAGAUCAAUUAAAACUAGCCUAUCAGAAGAAAACUGCAGCACGGAAACAGCCUAUUGAUUUCAUGGACGAAGAUGAGGAUGAAAGCGAUAGUGACGAUGACUGGAGAGCUCAGCAAUUGUAAAUCCAUGGCAUGGAAGCAAGGCAAUGUAGAUAAUGUAAACAAAAUGCAAUGCUUUAAAAACAAAAAAAAGCAAUGAUAACAUCCAGAUCCUUUUAAUUUACAACUUUUUAUAAAGAG